UAAACCAUAGCUGUUUUGGGUUUUGCAAUAUUCAACUGAGUAGUGCAAAAACUAGGAAUUGGGUGGUAGGAGACCUCAGAGUCAUCAGACUAUAUGACUAAUAGUAUCCCAGUAAUCGACGUGCAAGAUUUUCCAGCGCAAUCUGGGAAACUAGUAGCCGCGUGCGAGGAGUGGGGAUGCUUCAGGAUCAUCAACCACGGCAUAUCAACGGCUUUGAUGUCUGAUAUGCACACGGUGGGUAACGCACUCUUCGACCGUCCCAUGGAGAUCAAACAACGGACUACCAAUCCCGACAUUCCAGACCGAGGUUACAUAGCUAACGACGGAGGAUCCUCCUCCGCCGUUCUGACUUCUUCUGCUCCUCUCCCUAUCCCUCGUCAACAAAGGGAAACCAAACAGCGGGAGUUCCUUUAUGAGAGCUUGGGUCUGUAUGAUCCUGCCUCUCAUGGCGCUAUUGAUGCUUUCUAUGAUCAACUUGAGCUCUUUCCUAAACAAAGGGAGACGAUAAUGAGGUACAUCAAUGCCACCCAUGGACUUGCAAUGAGUAUUGGGUGCAAAUUGGCAGAGAGCAUGGGUUUGGUGGAGAGUGAUUUGUUCAAGGGAUGGGCGUGCCAAUACAGACUGAACAAAUACAACUUCAAUCCUCAUACUCUGGGGCGCACUGGUGUCCCCAUCCACACAGACUCUGGUUUUCUCACCAUAGUACAAGAUGAUGGAGGCGUUGGUGGCCUUGAAGUUGUCGAUAAGAUAACUGGCAAUCUUGUGCCCAUUGAUCCCAUGCCCGGAACACUCCUUGUCAACCUUGGAGACAUUGCUAAGGCAUGGAGCAACGGGAGAUUUUACAACGUGACGCACAGGGUCGUGAACAAAGCUAGCGGGGAAGAGCGCUUGUCGAUUGUUUUGUUCGUGUUAGGUCCAAAGGAAGCGGCGGUGGAAGCCCCGGCGGAGAUAGUGGAUUCAGACGACCCGAACAGCUGCCGCCGCGGCCUCUACGUUCCUUUCACUUUCGAACAAUACAGAAUGCUCCGCAACUCGACCAGAUCUAAAGCUGGUGAAGCUCUUCACCUCCUACGCACCACCAACGAGUACUAGUGAGUGAUUAUUGGAUCGGCUGAUCAAGACAUAUUGGCCAGUUAGUUAUGUGUUUGUAUUCUUAAUUUGGUGUUUUUGUAUAAGGAUGAGUUCUUG